UGUAGUCCCAGCUACUGGGGAGGCUGAGGCAGGAUAAUUGCUUGAAUGCGGGAGGCCUCUGCAACUCUGCAGGUGAGUCGAGAUUGCACCACUGCACUCCGGCACGAGCGACAGAGCAAGACUCUGUCUCAAAAAAAAAAAAAAAAAAAAAAAGAAAAGAAAAUUGCAGAAGCAUUGUCUUCCUUGUGGAUUUAAGAGAACGUUAGGAUUAUUUGGGGGCAUAACCAUAUGAACUAUAAUUCCAUCUCUAGAUGAAAAACAAAAUUUUUUCUUUUUCCAUAAUGUGAGCUCUACCACAUCCAGAAUAACCCACUUGCACCAUUUUAAUUAACAUUGAAAAUUGAAGCCAAAUCAUACAUUAGAGACAGGCUCUAGUCGUUAAAGACUCAGCUCUAAAGGUCAGGACAAGAGAGGAAAAAUAUUAGGCUUUGGGUGAAUCAUAAUAUUUGUUUAAGGAAAUCAAGGUAAGUGGCUCCGUGAUAUGAAGUUUGUCUAAAUUGAUACUGUGGUAUCACAAAAGAAGUAGGAAACGAGGAGCAUAGAUGUUUCGUGUGUUACCAUGUUUUCGUGAUAUUUACUGACCCUCGUGUGGGACUGGUCCUCACAUACAGUUUGUCAGCUAUUGUCAUCAGUUCCAGCCUAGCACUGAUAGCCUUUAUGAUACAACCUGACUUACAUAUUGUAAAUGGAGCUUUGUAAAAUACCAUUAAUUAUUUCCCUAUGUAAAUUUGUUCACAGGGGUUUGAUAACAAUGAGCAAGGAUGACCAGUAAAAAGUUAACCUAUAUUUCACCCUGACCAGGAAUUUGGGAUUUGGACUUCAUAGCAUGGUAUCUGGCACAUUUCAGGCACACAGUGAAUGUUUGUUUCAUGAACUAAUAUUGCUAUUUUUGUGGUCCUUACUGCCUGCCCAUGACCCUGCUUCCACGGUCCCUCCAGAGAAGAGUUGAGUGGGCAGACAGGGUGCCCUCAUAGUGUCUCUCAGUGCAGAGAAGUGCAGCCUGGGCAGGGGAGCAGGGUCAGGUUAUGUAAAGAAGAUUACAGAUAGAUUUGGGCCAGGUUUUCUUUCAUGCUGAAAAGACAGGGAAGGGAACAGAUUUAAAGAGAUUUAAGUACCAGCAUUCAAGGUAGAUUAGAAAUACUUUUUCUUAAAUGUAUCCUGUUUGGUUUAAAUGAAAGUAUUGGCUUUUUAAGCUUAUUUUUUCCCAUUAUGAAUAGUAUUUUAUUUAUAAAAAUGCUUUUGUGGACUAAUCUGGGAUCUAGCCUCCAUUUAUAAUGUGAAAAAUAUGCAUUCUGAAUUCCAAGUAAUGACUGAGAGUGAAUUUUCGGAGCCCAAUUUGUUCUUUACUGAUGGCACAUGAUUUGAUUCUUAUUCUUUUAUCUUUCUGUCUUGCUUUCUUGUUUGUGGGCCACAGAGCAGCUUCUAUUAAGCCCUUCCUUUUCAUUACUUUGUUACUCAUCAGGUAUUUUUCUGGCCUCACAAGUUGAUGCCUCACCUACAGAUUUUCUAGAGAAUUUCUUCAGGCUCAGUAACCUGUCUGUAUUUAAUAGAACAGUGAGUUCUUUUUCUCACCACACUUCUAUUAUAACUGAAUUUUCUAUUUACUGUAGAUCCUUGCCAGCACAUUACAGAAUAUUUUUGUUGAACCUUCUUGAGAAUUCAGAGAAACUGCUGAGUGACCACUGAACGAAAGAUCUAAUCUUAAGGCUUACGCGUGUUCCAUCCACCGCAUCAGAACAAUGUCGUAUGUUUUUGUAAAUGAUUCUUCUCAGACUAACGUGCCCUUGCUACAAGCCUGUAUUGAUGGGGACUUUAAUUAUUCCAAGCGACUUUUGGAAAGUGGCUUUGACCCAAAUAUUCGUGACAGCAGGGGCAGAACAGGCCUUCACCUUGCAGCAGCUCGAGGGAAUGUAGACAUCUGCCAGUUACUGCAUAAAUUCGGUGCCGAUCUUCUGGCCACAGAUUAUCAAGGAAACACAGCUCUUCACCUCUGUGGCCAUGUGGAUACUAUCCAAUUUUUGGUUUCCAAUGGACUCAAAAUUGAUAUUUGCAAUCAUCAAGGUGCUACCCCUUUAGUUCUGGCAAAGCGCAGAGGAGUAAAUAAAGAUGUCAUCCGAUUGCUGGAAUCUUUGGAAGAACAGGAAGUGAAAGGAUUUAACAGAGGAACCCACUCGAAACUGGAGACCAUGCAGACAGCUGAGAGUGAAAGUGCCAUGGAAAGCCAUUCACUCCUCAAUCCCAACCUGCAGCAAGGUGAAGGAGUCCUUUCCAGCUUCCGAACCACAUGGCAGGAGUUUGUGGAGGAUCUGGGCUUCUGGAGAGUAUUGCUGUUGAUCUUCGUCAUUGCUUUGCUGUCUCUUGGCAUUGCGUAUUAUGUGAGUGGGGUGCUACCCUUCGUGGAAAACCAGCCUGAACUGGUGCAUUAAAGGAGCUCAUGGAACAUGAGGCAAUUAAUUGCCUGUUUCCUGGCUUCCAAUGUUUGUUCUCAGUUUCUCAGAAUUUUUCUUAGUGCAAAGCAAUGAGGGCGGUACAUGUUUCUUUUUGCAUUUUUAAUUAUUGUAAUCCUUUUAGAUAACGAUGUGUUCAUUUGAACUAACUACAUACUAUGGUCAAGUAUAUUGCAUCCUAACGCUACCUCUGACUCAACCUGACCUUGUAGGAAAACCUACACAUAGCCUUGUUUGAUAAAAACACAGAAGUGACUAGAGAAUGGAAGAUAAAGGAAGAAGCUAGGAAGUCCUUGCUAUCAAAACCUUAUCCUAAUAUAGGACCAAUUGAAGUAUUCAAAAAGAAAAACAGUAUCUUAAUAUGAUUAGUUUUUGUUGGUGGUUUUGUUUUCAUUUAUUUUUGCAAGAGCCAUUUUUUAUUUACUUUCUUUAGGGAUAAGAGAUAACUUAAAACUUGAAGUACUUUUUUCAAAUCUUGUGUGCAAAUUAGUAUUGUUAGCAUCUAUUCAGCUUAUUUUAGUGUUUUUAAGUCUAGUCACAAACCAAACAAAACUUUUGAAAAUGAGCUAUAUUUUGUUCAAAGAUGAUUGAUUUGAUCUUAUAUUUAUUUGUUUUUAGGAUAAUUUUUGAUCUUUUUGUAAACUGCUUUGCUUCUUAAUAUCUGUGAAAAAUAAAUGAGUUCAUUUUGUUCACUUUCCAAUUUUCCCUAGUAUCCUAGUCCUCAAAGAUAACCGUUCAUCAGAAUUACAGUCAGAAAAUCCUUUCUCUACUGAAUAGUUAGCAGGGAAAAAUAAUUCUGAUAUUUAACUGUCAUAAUUCUGUAGUGCUAUUAUAGUGAAAAAUCAGUUCUAUAAGCUAGCUGUGUUGUCACAGUUUUAUCAUAGUUCAUAAUUAUUUCAUGUGCAAUCCUAUUUAGAGGCCCUGUUAGACUUUUAACAAUUCCAUCCAUAUCUGUAAUUCUCUGAUGGCAAGAAUGGAUGGAGCAUUUCUGAGUUAACAGUGCUGAACAGUAUUGUACUGGGUGUCAUAAAUUCUUUAUGAAUGGUAAUAUUAUGUAAAUUGAAAUCUGGCCCUCAAACUAUAUUGCAGCUUUCAGCAGUAUGUUCGAAGGUCUCUUUUGUUAAUGAUUCUGUAAUGUAUGAAUUAUGUUCUUGAGUUAUUAAAAAAGAAUAUGAAGGCCUGAUAUACUCAUUGGGUAAAGUCAGGAAAUUGUAGUGAAACAAGUAAUGGUUUUGUUUUUUGGAAUAAAGGCACCUAAGCUAUUGCUAAUUGAAUUGCUGCUAGAAUUAGAAAUUAUGCUUUAGAAUAGAAUUGGUAUUUCUGUGAUUCUUUUUGCUUCUUGGUAUUUUCUCUUGUAUCUAUAUAUCUAGUAUUGAGGCUCGCUCUUUCAUGUGGCUUUAUCCUCUCUUUAAUAGCUGUUGUAAAAUUCCUGAGUAACUGGCUGCUUCAGGAUCAGCUUACAGAGUCUUGCUUUUAGGUUAGAUACAAACAAAGUAAAUCAUAGUCAGUGUAAAUACAGCAAAAGACAGCUGGCUUUAGAAUGGAGAACACUACAAUUCAAAUUUGAAGUAUAUUCAGAAGAAAACUUUGGAAUUAGCUUUACAUUUGUUUGUAAAUCUAAACAAAUAUGCAAAAUUGGUCAAAAUAUAAGUAUAUAGCAUUUUUAAAGAUUAAUGGUUCCUUUUAUGUGCUGAUUUCUUUGUAUUCUGUUUUCUCUGCAUUCAUUCAGGAAUACCACCAAUAAAUGUAUUUAUACAUCCCUUAA